UACUAAUGGCGUCUUACCUAAAGGGGAUAAUAUUGCUACAGUUUUUGCUGUUUGAUGGUGUUAGAUACUCUGUUGUAGCCCAGGUACCGGACGACACAGAGACCUGGAAAGGAAGCAAUAGAAUUAUUGCUUUAGAGGAUAUACACCCUUUUGAAAAGAAGAAAGAACUCAGAUGGGUGCCCGGGUUUAUGUGCGGAUGGACUCCUUACGGUCUGUGUUUCUCUCCGGAAUGGAAACGAAAUAUUCACUAUUAUUUCAUAAUUCCAUUUAAAAACCUCUAUAUCGACGUAUAUGUUGAUCAACCUGCUGACCCAGCCGUGUUUGGAAUCAAUUCUGUGGUACUGACACGGUUUAAGCAGAAGCCAGGUUAUUUGUGGGAGGGGUUGGUGACAACUUACUGGAACGGAUGGGAUAGUAAAAGAAAGAGAACUGUGCCCACCAGCAUUCAAGUUAGAACUGAUUACCAUGAUCUCAAAGAGCAGCUAACGGAAUGGUUCAGUCCCAGUCAACUGAGACUCAAAGGGGCCUUCGAUGCCUGCAAAUAUUUAGAAACGAACUGCCAAGCAGGAGAAAGAUGUGUAUCAAGAAGACUUUCUGGUUACGUUUGGCCUGGGCAAUACAAAUGUGUUUGCAAAGAUAAAGGUUUUCUAGAGAUUCGCGGUCAAGGAUGUUUUGAUGUGGACGAGUGUCAAAAAUCUCCUUGUGGAGCGUUAUCCGUUUGUGUGAACACUUUUGGAAGUUACAAAUGCAAUUGCAAGAGUGGUUACGAAGGGAAGGAUUGUAAAACUGAUAAAGAUGAAUGUAAGCAAAAUCCCUGCCCAAAGAACAGAGCUUGUGUAAACACUCCGGCCAGUUUCAAGUGUAUGUGUUUGAAAGAGUCAUCCUCAACUCAGAACUUAAAUAUAAACCCUUGUAGGCGGGAAAGGAAAAAGAGAGUUGAAGCAAGGAAGGCAGAAACAAAAGAAACUAGUCAAUCAAAUGAAGAAAAUGUGGAAAACGAAGGAAGCAUUUUAUCAGCUCAAGAAACAGAAGUGGAAUUUAAAGGAAUAGGUGGCCAAGGUAGUUCAAAAAAUCAAGAACUGAACACAAGAGACGAAAGUUUUCAAGCUUAUCGACAACAGGAAUUAGAAAAGCUGUUGGAGGAUGAUACAAACAGUCGAGUUCUAGAGGACAGCAAAACUGAACCAGGCCACGAAGAACAGAAAAUAUGUGGCGAAACGAUCCGAGAUAGCAAAUCUUUGGAAGAAUUAGACAAAAUAAAUGAAAACUUGCCGAAAAGUGAAAGCGUCCUGACGAGGGAAGAUAUGGAAAACGCAGAGAUUAAUUCUGCAAACACCCGAGGAAUGACGAACAGUGGAGCUAUUUCAGCUCCUGAAGAAGAAGAAGAAGAGACUGGCACAAAACUUGUUCAAGAGACUGGCACAAAACUUGUUCAAGACAACCACAAAUCUAAUGAUGUUGAAGUAGUUUCAAGUAACGGAGAAAGGGAAAGUAUCGUCACAAUGACAAGAGAUCAAACAGCAAUGGAUAUUGAAGUUAACUCAGGAAAUGAAGACAACGCAGAAUAA